UACGAACGAAUGGACAUUGCGCUAAUGUAUACUUUGAACACCCGCACCGAAACGGAACACAAAUCACAGUCACAGUAAUGGCCAAACGGAAAGCAUGUACUUGGACCAUCGAUUUACAAACCGCCCUGAUACCGCUCUAUCUCGUGUCAAAACUGUGCUGCUUAAAUGCUUUUACCUAUAGGCCACUGAAGCAGCGCAUUGUGCCGCGGAACUUCAGCAGCGCAUCGGACAAAUGUUCCUCCGAGCGUACCGCGCACGGCAAAAAGUUGACAUUCUCCGUCGUUGGACUGCUGCAUGCCGUGGGAUGCAGCUUUGCUUACGCUUCCUAUCACAUUCUUUCCUCGCUGAGUCAGUCGAGCAAGCUGACCGACUCGAACUUGGUGCGUGUGGCGAUCGACCUAAAGAAUCAGUACGUGGGAUGCAUUCUGGUGCUGGUGCUCGUGACCGUGUCCUUGUUCCGCCAGCCGGCACUGAAUCGGUUGAUACAGGUGUUGCUCCGAGUCGAUCAGCUUCUGCCGCGGAUGACUGGGGUUGUUGGACAAACGAACUGGCCGCAGACUUCCGUCAACAAUGCGGCCUGGUUGAGGAAUGUUCUUCUGAUGUUCGUGCUCGGGGUUGGGGUAAAGGCAACGCUCGAGAUCACCAACUGUCUCAUGUACAUCCGCGACAGUGGUUCACCGUUUUCGUCCAACUGCUUGCUGCUCUGCAUCGUACCGCAAACGCUCUGCGUUAUCAGUGAGCUACAGUUUGUAGCGUACGCGCUGCUAAUCAGAGACCGGUUAAGACUGCUCAACCGAUGGCUGUUGCAACUGCAGCCCCAGCUGGCACGUGGCAGUGAGCCCGCCUUCGCAUCCGUGCACCAGCUCACUCACAUCCAUGGGAAGCUGGUCAACGCAAUCGGGCUGCUCAACCGAUGCUUCGGAGUGCAAAACGCAACCCUGCUGCUGUUCCAGUUCGUCACGCUUGUUGAGCUGGGCUACAACACGAGCAUGAUGUCCGUGCGGUAUGCCGCAGCACACACCCAGCAGGGCGACAGUACGGAGGACUUCCUCGAAACAGUGUACUGGAUCGUAUGGUUUGUGAUGGAAAUGUUUGCGGUCUGCUACUGUAGCCAUGCUACUGUGGAAGAGGCACAACGAACAGCUCAUCUUCUAAGACCGCCUACCACUUACAGGAUGAACGUAAGGAGCCAUUUUCGUCUGAUUUCUCAACAACAAUUGCUGUUCCUAAACCUCAAAACGUGCGUCACCUGUGGCGGCCUGUUCACCGUAGAUCUCACGCUGCUCCACGCGAUUAUUGGUGCUACAACAACCUAUCUAAUCAUCCUGAUACAGUUCGAUCAAUCGUUUAACGGUGAUUAAGCCAACAGGACGGUUGUUUUGCUGACAAGCCGUGAUCGUGGAAAAAAUCGUGACGACGAAACCACCGCACACCAUUGCCCUUUAAUUACUCGAUUUAAAUGCAUAUGCUGCACGCGGUCAUCCGGCCAACACACAAGCACACGGUUGAUCGGUGUGAACAGGGGAAAUUUACGCAAUCAUGAUUAUAAUCAUCACGCUCGAAGCCAUCCAGCAGGCUUCGCAGGAAAAGCCGCCACCGCCACCGCCGACCAGCGCUCAUGAAUGUUAAUGACCAAUAAACGCCACGGGUAACAUCAUUAUAUGACCAAUCGUGUAACACAGAUGGGCGUAAUGCGCCGUGCUUUACUUCGCCAAAUGCCAGAUGCUUGAAGCAUUUCCUUAAAGACGACAAUCAGUUGCUUCAUUGGAUGUGCUCGGUAGCUUUCUGUUCCUUUUUUUCUCUGCCACAAAAUAAUAAGUAAAUGGCGUAUAAAAUAACAAUCACUGCUCAACUAAUCAAAUGAACACUCAGCAUGCAUUAGUAAACCACCCCCAGAAGUGUCAUUCAUUACAAACGAGCAGUGCCAACACGUCAGCAAAUACGUCCAUUAUGAGCACUUUGCUUGAAGGAUAAUUACUACCAUCAAGCCUCCCUAGCCAUUAAUCAUGUUUGGAGCGCAUGAAACAAGCUUCAAAGCACUGCAACUGCUUCUGUCCACCACCACGACGAAC